AUGAGAGGCAACGUCAAGCUCAACUUAUCGGCACAGACGACGCCGAGCACAUGCUCGACAGAGCCAAGUUGCCCCGUGGACUCAUAUCCCAUCCACCGAUUUUCCGAGGCUGACUGGUCUGGUACAGGAGGCCGGGCCUCGGAGCUGGACGGGGACUGCCAGCACGGCUAUGAUGCGUCCCAGUGGAAACUCGUGUAUCGCCAGACAGUUCCAACGGUCUUCGCCGAGUUGUCGAAGACUCUUGAACUGCAAGCGUUAUGUCAGCCCGUGAACCUAGCAUCCAAUCUUAAAGUCUUCGUUCAUUGGUCAAUCACCUGCGGUUGGGUCACGCGAGAGGCAAAGAGGAAUCCGCUUGAUCCCAGUGCGGACAACUUCGCGAUUUUUGACCAGUUGGAGAAUUUCCGAAUCAAUGGCAAAUUUACCUUCAAGUUGCGGUGGCCGGGUCACCAGCAUGAACUGCGCGACCAGAUCUGGAAACAGACGUCCAACCCAGUUGUAGACGAUCUGGUCAAGGGUUAUGAAGCAGUUCAGGUACGUGACGGCUCUGCCUUCCGUGGGCUAAAGCUGGGUAAGUUCGAGGCCACAUGGUUACUGGCCGAUACGGGCGAGCCAUGCAACACGGCUUGUCAGAGGAGCGGCAAGGGCCUCUGCGACAAGAAUAGGAUGGCAGCGAUCAAUACUUGGGACCAGAUGAACAGCGUGAUGACCUCUCUCGGCAAGCCAUGCGAUGCAGCCAAAAGUAAAGAAGGGCAGGAUUUUGCAGGAGCCCCGCUUUAUGCCGCUGGAACUUGCUCUCCUUGGAGCGGGCAAGUUGCGGAUGACAUCGACUGUGCCACCGUGAAGUUUCCUGAUUUUGAUCGGCCCCUGUGCACUUGUCAUGAGGCCGCAUCGGGCCAGCCGGCCCCCACGUGGUUACUGGCCGAUACGGGCGAGCCAUGCAACACGGCUUGUCAGAGGAGCGGCAAGGGCCUGUGCGACAAGAAUAGGAUGGCAGCGAUCAAUACUUGGGACCAGAUGAACAGCGUGAUGACCUCUCUCGGCAAGCCAUGCGAUGCAGCCAAAAGUAAAGAAGGGCAGGAUUUUGCAGGAGCCCCGCUUUAUGCGGGUGGAACUUGCUCUCCUUGGAGCGGGCAAGUUGCGGAUGACAUCGACUGUGACAUCGUGAAGUUUCCUGAUUUUGAUCGGCCCCUGUGCACUUGUCAUGAGGCCACAUGGUUACUGGCCGAUACGGGCGAGCCAUGCAACACGGCUUGUCAGAGGAGCGGCAAGGGCCUGUGCGACAAGAAUAGGAUGGCAGCGAUCAAUACUUGGGACAAGAUGAACAGCGUGAUGACCUCUCUCGGCAGGCCAUGCGAUGCAGCCAAAAGUAAAGAAGGGCAGGAUUUUGCAGGAGCCCCGCUUUAUGCGGGUGGAACUUGCUCUCCUUGGAGCGGGCAAGCUGCGGAUGACAUCGACUGUGACAUCGUGAAGUUUCCUGAUUUUGAUCGGCCCCUGUGCACUUGUCAUGAGGCCACAUGGUUACUGGCCGAUACGGGCGAGCCAUGCAACACGGCUUGUCAGAGGAGCGGCAAGGGCCUGUGCGACAAGAAUAGGAUGGCAGCGAUCAAUACUUGGGACAAGAUGAACAGCGUGAUGACCUCUCUCGGCAGGCCAUGCGAUGCAGCCAAAAGUAAAGAAGGGCAGGAUUUUGCAGGAGCCCCGCUUUAUGCGGGUGGAACUUGCUCUCCUUGGAGCGGGCAAGCUGCGGAUGACAUCGACUGUGACAUCGUGAAGUUUCCUGAUUUUGAUCGGCCCCUGUGCACUUGUCAUGAGGCCACAUGGUUACUGGCCGAUACGGGCGAGCCAUGCAACACGGCUUGUCAGAGGAGCGGCAAGGGCCUGUGCGACAAGAAUAGGAUGGCAGCGAUCAAUACUUGGGACAAGAUGAACAGCGUGAUGACCUCUCUCGGCAGGCCAUGCGAUGCAGCCAAAAGUAAAGAAGGGCAGGAUUUUGCAGGAGCCCCGCUUUAUGCGGGUGGAACUUGCUCUCCUUGGAGUGGGCAAGUUGCGGAUGACAUCGACUGUGACAUCGUGAAGUUUCCUGAUUUUGAUCGGCCCCUGUGCACUUGUGAGGAAUCCCCCAUGCCGCACGGCUUGCUCACAUCACGUUGGGUCCUGGCGAACCCCUUGGAGCCAUGCAACGCGGCUUGUUCAAGGAGCGGCAUGGGCCUCUGCGACAAGAAUACGAUGGCAACGAUCAAUGCAUGGGACAAGAUGAACUUCGUCAUGAAGGGCCUUGGCAUGCCAUGCAAUCCAGCCGAGACAGUGCGAAUGGCGGGUUCUUGGGGCGUUCCAUUUUACUCUGUCGCGGAAAGGAGUUGUUCUUUCUGGGAUCCAAAUGAUCCUGUGUAUGAUGUCGACUGUGCGAAGGCACCAGGAGCACCCGGUGUUGGGCCUACCUCUAAUGCUGCCGCCUUGUGCUUCUGCGACAUGCGCGAGGCAACGCGAAGUAUGCGGCCCUUCGCCUUUGUGAACGUGGUGGAGCUUUACGUGUCAGUCCAGCAACGUGACAUGUGCGAGCCGUGCAUGGACACCCCCGGCUGGAGAGAUCUGGAGGGGAAGACAUGCCACGCGACCAAGUGCACUCCCACUCCGGUGAGAGGCUUGUCGUCCAUGGAAGCCUGCUGCAAGUGCUCUGGCGGUCAUCGCGAAGCUGCUCCCUUCACGUACUUUGUGGCCCCGAUUGUGUUGGGUGCCACAAGUGUCACGGGCUACCCGGUGCCGCGCACCAGCUACUCCUACUAUGUGGACGAGGCUUGUGACUUGCUCUUGCACGGCUUCCGCUUGGACAGGACAGAUGGCCGCCUGCAGCUUGUCGGACUGUCGGUCCCAGGCUCUGAGCCCUUCACCGUUGAGUGCCUCGUCACGGCCGUGUCGAGAGAAGGCGGCACCGCGUCCGCGCGCAUCAAAGUCGAAGUGGAGAAGGGCAUCUCCUACGGCGCCUAUCCAUUGAUCUUCCAUCCCUGCUAUCAACGCUCCUACAGCCCCGUGACAAGUGCAGGAUUGGCACUCCAAGAGCCAAGCCUGGAGUGUAAUCCCUCCUUGGGGUCUGCGGCGGGCAUCGCGACGAACUUCGACCUGGUGAUGUCGAUGGCAGCGUCCGGGUCCUCUGGAGGUGUGACCGGAGAAGCUCCCUUCAACACCACCAAAGGGGCCCUGUGUCGGGUGCAAGGUCGAGUCACCGAAAGUGAUGGGAAUACAUCAGUUUACAAGACCCACGUUACACUGCUCUUCCCAAAAACAUGGAGUUUCCUUUCUUAUGACAGUGGAGAUCCGGCCAACCCCGUGCGUGCUACGGUGGGUCAGUCCGCAACCACCGCCAGACCUCUGAAACAAGAGGAUGGUCUUGCGCCCAGCCGCUUCAUCGCCAACUGCGAUAAUGCGGUGAAGGUGGAUCGCUUGACCGGUCAAGGAACCUUUGAGGGUUUCCACAUAUUCGAUCUGGACGUGGCGACCGGAGCUUUGCGCCUAUCCCCCGAAGCAGGUGUCCAGUUUGCUUUGAACCAAGAAAGCAACGGGCGAGGACACCUGAGCUUUAGUUGUGAGAUCCAUGGCCUGUAUGAAUGGCCACCGCACAACCACGGCCCCUCCGUGGCGGCGAUCGUCGAAAUGAAAGUGUUGGACGACACUUGCUGGCUGCCACCCCAGACAGUUCCGUUUAAAACUGGGGCAAGCUUCAUCAUGGACGUGCCUUCGGAGAAGGAGUGCCGUCAGGCCUGCCGCAGCCGGAGCGACUGUGCCUUCUAUCAGUGGAACACAGCGUGCACCGCAUUCAGGUUCCGCUGCCCGGUUUCUUUGAUCGAGGGUUGCGAUGACCAGCUUGUUGUCGCCCGCAUCCCGAACUGCGAUGACCGGAGUCGGUGCGUCGACAUCGCCAUUCCAAACCACCAUUCUCUGUCAGGAUCCUUCUGUCCUGCUGGCGAUCUUUCGCCUGGAGGAACGGCAUACAUGCGGAUGGGACGAUCGGUUCAUGAGACAUCCUGGCUGCAUUUCGACGCCGCCAACCGUGAGUGGCUCAUCCAAAGAUCACAGCCAGACCUGGACUUUGCAGAGCCCGAUAUUGCUUACAUGGAGUUCCACGGGGAGACGCUGGCCACGAUUGCUGAUGACGGCCUCCGCCUCAGACUUCUGUUCCUAGAUCUGAAAGAGGCACUGGGCAACCUGAUGAUCAGAUUGUUUGACCAGGGCCGGCAAUUCACUGCAAUUCAGAUUGAGGGGCAGGUGAGUAGUGGCACUCUGCGCGCUGAGCUGGCCGCGGCGAACUGCGGCCCCCUGAACACUACGGCGGAGGUUGCCCAUCCCGGCGAGUCCGAGGUUGACAUCGUCGUUCUGGAUGAUCCUUCGACUUCUUUGAUGCACGACCACUGGCUACAUCCUUGUCAAUGUGCAGGACCUCUUUGGGGCGAAACUGCCCCGGUCACCGGAGAAGCCUGGGCCUCGAUCCCUCCCGGAAGCAGGGACGGCAAGUUCUUUGCGCCGGUGACCACAAUCGUUAUGGGCCAGUUCGCUUGCAGCCCCUUGGAGCUCCUGCGUACCAUACAUGAACACUUGGAGGGCCCAAAAGGCCUGGACUCUGAGCAGUGCGAAAUCCAUUGUCAGCAGGAGCAACUUUGCAAGUUCUUCUUCAUUGGGACUGUCAUGUCAGCACAGGUGUGCCGACUCUACAGCAGCUGCGCCACUUUGUACCGUGAGCUGGGUUCAGAAGGUCGCCUUGCUGCCAUGAACAAAAACGUCAUGGCAUGUGCAAUUGCCAACCCGGUGCUUUGCAUGCACACCACUGUUCGGAGAAGAUUCCUGCUCGAUACUAGACCAGACGACGUUGCCUUUCUUCAACCGGCGUGCCUAAACCAUGAUCUGAUGAACGCGUGCCAGCACAAGUUGAUGCUUGGCGGCAUCGGGGUCGGCGAGUGCGGACCAUGCACGUUUGGAGACACUUCUGCCGCUUCUGCUUCGAAUGAAAUGGUUUCUGGAGUUUUCAAGUCCCCGCUUGUGGGGGCUUCUCAUGGCCAGGCGUUGCAGGUUCAAUGUUGGCAGGAGCGCUACGUUGUGCUGAAGAAGACGGGCUCGUCAGGUUUUAUCACCUGCCUGGACGGACGCUGGGUCGACGCGGACGGUUUUUCGGGUCUCAGCAACUUUGCGUGCGGCGCUUGCAUCCAGAUUGUUGGCACCACGUACAUGGACCUCUACACACGCGGUUAUCAGGAGCUUUUCUUCGGCGCCAGGCAGUACUUCAAAAUCGAGGCUAUCACCCCCAAAGGGACCGAGGUUACUGCCAUGGGGACGGACGAGAUCAUCCCAGAACUGGUGGAUGGAUACUCGAUAACGAAGCGGCUUGUCACCUCAAUUCAGCUGUUCUUCUUGAUGCGCCGCUUCAAGGGAGUUGGUCGAGGUGAGUGCGUGUCGGAAGGGCUUCAGUGGACCGCGUGCUCUGGUACCCCUCCGACGGAUGCCAACGCGCUUGCAGGCCUGGUCUCGGAGGUUUAUCAGGUAACGGAGGAGCUACAGCCAGAGCCAAGUGAAGUCAAAAAAGAGAAAAACAUGUACGGCUACGGCCGUGCAGAUGAUCUCGAAAGCAGAAAAGCCAGGGACAUUCAUGGUUUCAAGUUCAAAGUGGACUGUGACACUGUCGGGGUCCUCAACGGGAUCAACAUGCAUUCAGGAGAGACCGGACGCGAGGGAACCUGUGCCGGAGUUGCGACCAGGAAUCCAGAAUCUACAAAGGAGGAGCCUUUGAAAUUUAGCAUAAAGAACAAGGCGGACCAAGCUGUUGGGUAUUGCGUGAACACCCGGCUUUGCGGGAACCCGACAGGCAGCCGAUUGUGCUUCACGGGCGCUUUGAUGCAGCGCUGCGAUGGCAGCGAUGGCCAGUCGUUUCGGAUGAAGAUUGGUUUGGAUGGCUUGCGGAAGUUGAUGACGUCAGAGACCGAUUCUUAUGUUGAAGACUGGCUCUUACACUACAUCCCAUUCUACUCCGGAUCGCAGGACAGAUUCGCGGCUGUGGGCAAGGGCCGGACACAAGACCCUUGGACCCCCUUUGCCCUGCUCACCGACUUGUCAAAGAAGGGCUGGGAGAGAUCUGUCUUGAUGGACUCAUUCCGUCAAACAAGCAACCUCCAAGCUUUACCAGACACAGCGAAGGCACGUGUUCACAUCUGGACGAACCCUGAGACCAAGGAAAAAGCUUAUGAAGACUGGGCUGUGCGUUUCAGCAGCUGGUACAUCGCGGGCAAUUCCUUUCGCGUCAGCUGCAAGCACGGCAAGUUGCUCCAGUACUUUCAUAUAGACCACGAGGGUAACAGUGCACUGCUGCCCAGUAUUAAGUACCGUUGCGUGGAGGUUUUAUCCCUUGGGGCAUGCAGCGAGCCCGAAACCACAGAAGAAGGCAAUCCUACGGAGAUGAAGGUGAAGUGUCCCAAAGCCCAUGGCAUGCAGGAGUUGCAAAGCAUAGUUGACCCUCAGGGACGCUGGGUGAAGUACAAGUUCACCUGCUGCCAAUUGAGCUCCAGCCCCGUGGCCUUCGAGAGGACAGGAGGUCAGGAGCAAAAAGGCCUGGACAGCGCCGGCGUCAAGGCGUUUGAGGGCAUCUACUGCCCAACUCAAAAUAGCCAAGAAGGAGAGCGCCCAUCCUUCGUCCAGAAGCUUAGCUUCCUUCCUGGGUUUGCACAACCUUCCGGAAGUGCCGUGGCAAGCCUGAAUUAUGACAGUGCAACCGGUUCUUGGUGCCUUACCAAGGGUAGCCUGAGUCCAUCCAUUGCCCCAAACGAUGUUUGCAUAGAUGGCGAUGCACUCCAUCCCUUGGACGAGCCCCUGCGCAACACACUUUGGAACGUCAUCCCCGUGACCAGCUUCAACGCGGAUCUCGCUGCGGGUUCCCAGGACGAGUCGCACCCGGGCUCGCGCUCCUUUAGCCAAGAGGCGAUGAACAGCCUCGCCAAAGGCUUGGAGGCUGGCUUGGCUUGGCAGAAGAAGACCUUUCCAACGGCAGGAACUGGAGAAACAGCUGUAAACACAGAAGGCGACGAAGGUGUUACCUACAAGAGUGCCAAGGAGUGCUGGGACCGCGAAAAUUCGCGAGCGCUGCACUCCGAGAGCAUCAACAAUGGUAUUGAUAUCGGCAUAGGAGCGUUGGACCGACUUGCGUGGGCCGUCAAGAGGCACGGGUUGGCGCGAACCUUCUGUGAUUUGCACUGCAUCCGCCUCGAGCCCAGCGACCUCGUGAAGAGAGGCGACGCCACGAUCCUGAGGAGUCUGGAAGAUGGUGUGGCCGUGCUGGGAAAGAACAUGGAGGCUCUCUUCGACCACUACUUGGGCGGCUCAGGUUCGGAUCCAGACGCUUCUUCAGGCGGUAAUUUACUUCAGCAAGAAGUUUCCAAAGAUAUUGCAGAGAUGAGGGCGAUGCUCUUAGCAGACAUGAAGCCGACGGCUAGAGCUGCAACAUGGCGAGCAUUGCAGCAGUUCCAGCAGCUGGUUGCGCGCAAGCCAGAAAUGGAAAAUGGAACAGCAUUUCUACACAGGGCCAAAUCGCAUGUGAAGCAGCUGCAUGCGGUAUUGCAAUCCACAACUGCCCAGAAGCUGACCAGUUCUGAAUCUGCCGAAAUUCGCACAAACGAGACCUCGCAGAUCCUAGAAGCGUGUAUGAUGUUCCUUUUUGGGUACGAGCGGUAUGUAGGCACAUGGGUUGACAACUGUUGUGUCCAGUGCGGGGCCAAGGAGUAUGUGAUGCAGAUGAGCAGGUCUCUGCGAGCGAAAAGCCGCACGCUCGGAAUAUACAAGGCAGCAGCUUCCCACGGCAAGCGACUGCAAAACGACUUGAUAAAGCACGCAGAUUCAAGGACGGUUCUCGCAGAGCUUGAACAGCAAGAGGUUACUGCCGCGUUGCGGACGUUAGAUGACUCGUGGUGGACACUACGAGCACAGCUCGACAACUUCUUAAACUCUCUCGACGAGUACCUGGCAUCCUUCCACUCAGCCCUGGAGCUGCUUCAGGGCUACACCAGCUGCAAGGCCGCGUACAGCCCCCUGAAGGAGACUUACUCAAUUACUGCCAGGAAGCAUGCCGCAAUGCAGCAAGGCCUUCGAGAGGUUUGGUCAAGCUCUUUGCCUUUGCUUGGACUUAUUGUGGCCAAGAUCAUCGACGGAGACGUUCUUCGAAAAUUCGCCGCACACGACUUGUUCGGCAUGGAUGCGGAUGGUUUUUUCGCUCCAGUGCCGAGCAACUUUUGUCAGAACUCAAUGCAUGAGAAGUCCCUGCUGCAGACGACUGUUUACCAAUCAGUUGAUGCCGGGUUGGCGGGCCAGACAAUACGACAGUUGCGAGCUCUCUUCGAUGAGUUGGCACUGCUUGAGACUCUGCACACAUCUGCCGGCCUUGGUGUGCCCAACAGCGCAGCUCUCGAUGAUGCCGGGGAUCGCUUGUUCUCCAACGUCGGCGCUUUCAGGGAAAUGCUGAAUAGCACGGUGGAAUCAAUCUUUGGCAAGUGGAACUCAAGCUGCGCUAACUCGCCGAAGUCUCUGCUUAGCCGUGGCAGUAGGGAUGUCCAGGGCACAGGCCAAAGCGAAGGCUCUGGUUUCGUGCCGCAGCUACCCUGGAAAGUGAGCAUUACCCGAAAGCUUGACCGCAUGGAGCAGAAACUCGAUGCACUUCAAGAGGCACAGUCCUUGCUGCUGGAGAUGGAGCUGAACAAAAGUCUCAUAAUACCUACGCCACCUCCGGAAAAUGGCGCGUCGUCGGCUGAUGUGGACUGGGGAGCCUAUGUCGAAAGUGUCGACUUCAGCCAGCAUGCUUGCAGCGAGACGCAGGCUCCAUGCGCCUUUGAGCCCACCUUGCCGCCCAACCUCGUGAAGAACACCAUGCUCAGCCUCCUCGCCAGCAGUUGUCAGCAGCAUGCAGAUGAGGGCCAUGUUUUCCGCUUCUGCAAUGAUGGCUCCACGACUUUGCAAGUUACGGUGUCCUCUUGUGGAUACGCGACAAUUGAUGCUGCAAUGUCAUCCUUCCAGACGGUCCGCCCUGCAGGACCCUUGCAGCAUUUGCCAGAACCAGAGUUUGCGUCUGACACUGCCUCAACAUUGGCUGUGCUGUCGGCGGCAAUCAAAACUGUGCAGGACAGAUAG